UUCAGCGUGUUUGACGUUUGCAACGGACAACAAACGCAGAGCAAACGAUAGAAAAAAAGCUAGUGGAAGAAUAAAUAUAAUGUAGGCAAGUUUCUACAAACAAAAGACAAACCAGCUGAAUAAUUCCAUCUGUCCCGAGGUUAGGAAAAAAACGACCAGCCAGCUAACAGCACUACUGUGUUCGCUGUGUUCGAUUUGACUCCAUUUCGUGUGUUGUGUUCGGGUUUUUCGGGUCCUGGGGGUGCACCUGACCCUGAGGAGACGGUUUACGCAUUUUCCUUUGUGAUAUUGAUCGAUUUGUUGUGGCGUAGCGAGACAGGAUGCAGAAUGUCCUGAAUUCCGUCAAGGGCACGGCACUCGGUGUGGCCGAAUAUUUAACGCCCGUACUGAAGGAAUCUAAGUUUCGCGAAACGGGUGUAUUAACUCCGGAAGAAUUUAUCGCCGCCGGCGAUCACCUUACGCAUCACUGUCCGACCUGGUCCUGGGCGGUUGGGGAUGAGAGCAAAAUAAAGCCUUAUCUGCCGAAGGACAAACAGUUUUUGAUUACGCGCAAUGUACCGUGCCGAAGGCGCUGCAAACAGAUCGAGUUUGUCGGUGAGGAGAACCUCGUGGAGGAGAAUGAUCCGGAUGGUGGAUGGGUCGAGACACAUCACUACAAUCCGGACGAUGCGGGAAGUUCCGGGCUGGAGGAAAAGGUAUGCGAAAUGAAGCUGGACAGUUCACGCAUCGAGGAUGAACCGGCAGCCGAUAUGGAUGAUCCACGGAACCUCGAGGAUGGCGAUGCGGAUGGGGACGAUGCGGAUGACGAGGAUGGUGCGGCAAUCGAUAUGGAUGAGUUCGAGGAAAGUGGUUUGCUGGAAACGGUUGAUCCGUCAAAUGCACUACUUCCGGCACCGAAUGAAAAGCCCAACCCGGUUGUAUCGUCGGAGGUGGAAGGUGAUUCGGUGGUGCGCACCAGAACGUACGAUCUACACAUCACGUACGACAAAUACUACCAAACGCCCCGUCUGUGGGUGAUCGGGUAUGAUGAAAAUCGUAAGCUGCUGAGCGUGGAACAAAUGUACGAUGACGUUAGUCAGGAUCAUGCGAAGAAAACGGUUACCAUGGAAACGCAUCCCCAUCUACCGGGACCGAACAUGGCUUCGGUACAUCCGUGCAAACACGCAGAUAUAAUGAAAAAAAUCAUCCAAACUGUGGAGGAGGGUGGUGGCGAGUUGGGCGUCCAUAUGUAUCUCAUCAUCUUCCUGAAGUUUGUCCAAACCGUCAUACCGACGAUCGAGUACGAUUUUACGCAAAACUUCAACAUUACCAACCACAAAUAAGACAACGAGUUAGGGUGGGAAAUUGGGUAAAAUAAGCUGUUGGUCAGUGGAUGACCGUCGAUGUUAGUGGAAUGCUAGCUUGCUAAGGCUUUGUUUGCAAUCUGAGAACGGCUGUUACCUCACCCCGGAACAUUUGACUAUAUUGUGUUUUAAGUUUUCAACCAUCCCCCCCGUACUAGUUGGUUUUGUGGUCGUCAUUUUGUGUUGUGUACGUUUUAGUGUGUCCAUGUGUAAUUUUCCUAUCCCGUUUUAUCUCCAACGGAAACGCACCACAAUGAUAUUUAAACCCGUUCCCAAAUCGCACUCUGUUACGCAGCUAUGGCUAUCAGAAUAAAGACUAAUGGUUAAGAGAGAAAAAGGCGAAAUAUAUGUACGGAAUUGCUUUGCAGAAA